GGGGGAGGGAGGUUAACGUUUGCAGUUCCCUAACGGAAAGAUCCCACCAGCCAACCCAGCACCGCCACUGCUGCAUGCAUCCGCUCAUUUUUAUGGUCACUAACAGCCUAUCCCGGUAGUGGAAGGUGGAGAGAAGUGGGAGGCAGGGAGAGAGAUAGAGAGAGAUUCGGACAGCGAGAAUGGCCGAGAGAAAGAGGAACUGGAAUAAAGAAGAUGACCUGCCUGUGUAUCUAGCUAGGCCAGGCACGACAGCCCAGACACCGCGACAGAAAUACGGGGGAAUGUUCGCCUCCGUGGAGGGGGCCUAUGAGAACAAAACCAUCGACUUCGACGCCUACAGCGUGGGGAAGAAGGGGUCCCGGACUCCGCGGAGCGGCAGCCGGCACGACAUGCUGGACGGAGGGGACAACUACAGCGAGACCGCCAGCGACAUCAGCGAGAUCUCCGGCUCCGUCAUCAGCUCCCCGGGAGACCGGGAGGACAAGACCCCGGGCGUGGAGAUCAAAUACCCCAUGGGGAAGGAGCUGCUGCAGGGCCAGGACAAUGGACAGAGUGACCGACUGCUCAUUAAAGGCGGAAGAAUUAUCAAUGAUGACCACUCCUUCUAUGCAGACCUAUACCUUGAAGAUGGACUUAUAAAGCAAAUAGGAGAGAAUCUGAUUGUCCCUGGAGGAGUCAAGACCAUAGAGGCUAAUGGGCGCAUGGUUAUUCCUGGGGGAAUAGAUGUCAACACUUAUCUACAAAAGCCCUACCAAGGGAUGACUGCUGUUGAUGACUUCUAUCAAGGCACAAAAGCAGCGCUAGCAGGGGGCACCACCAUGAUCAUUGAUCAUGUGCUUCCAGAACCUGGAUCUAGUUUACUGACCUCCUUUGAGAAGUGGCAUGAGGCAGCUGAUACCAAAUCCUGUUGUGAUUAUGCUCUCCAUGUGGACAUCACCAGCUGGUAUGAUGGGAUUCGAGAAGAGCUGGAAGUACUUGUGCAAGACAAAGGUGUGAACUCUUUUCAAGUCUACAUGGCGUACAAAGAUCUCUACCAAAUGUCCGACAGCCAGCUUUAUGAAGCCUUUACCUUUCUAAAGAGUCUUGGAGCUGUUAUCCUGGUUCAUGCUGAAAAUGGAGACUUGAUAGCUCAGGAACAAAAGCGCAUUCUGGAGAUGGGAAUCACUGGACCUGAGGGACAUGCCCUGAGCAGGCCAGAAGAGCUUGAAGCAGAAGCAGUUUUCCGUGCCAUCACAAUUGCCAGUCGAAUAAACUGCCCAGUGUACAUCACCAAGGUGAUGAGUAAGAGUGCAGCUGAUAUCAUUGCACAGGCCAGGAAGAGAGGUCCCCUUGUUUUUGGAGAGCCGAUCACUGCCAGCUUGGGGACAGAUGGGACACAUUACUGGAGCAAAAACUGGGCCAAGGCUGCAGCUUUUGUGACCUCACCACCUCUGAGCCCUGACCCUACUACUCCAGACCACUUAAAUUCUCUCUUAGCAUGUGGGGACCUGCAGGUGACGGGAAGUGGACAUUGCCCCUAUAGCACUGCCCAGAAAGCCAUUGGAAAGGACAACUUCACUAUGAUUCCCGAAGGGGUCAAUGGAAUUGAGGAGAGGAUGACUGUUGUCUGGGACAAAGCUGUAGCCACUGGCAAGAUGGACGAGAGCCAGUUUGUAGCUGUCACCAGCACCAAUGCUGCCAAAAUCUUUAAUCUGUAUCCAAGAAAAGGCCGGAUUGCUGUAGGAUCUGAUGCUGAUGUUGUUAUUUGGGACCCUGAUAAGGUGAAGACUAUAACAGCCAAAAGCCAUAAAUCGGCCAUUGAGUACAACAUCUUUGAAGGAAUGGAGUGCCAUGGUGCCCCUCUUGUGGUCAUAAGCCAAGGAAAGAUUGUGUUUGAAGAUGGAAAUCUGCACGUAAAUAAGGGAAUGGGCCGCUUCAUCCCUCGCAAACCUUUCCCUGAAUAUCUUUACCAGCGCAUCAAAAUCAGGAACAAGGUGGGAGGACUGCAAGGAGUCUCCAGAGGAAUGUAUGAUGGACCUGUGUAUGAAAUCCCAGCUACGCCAAAAUAUGCAACUCCUGCACCCUCCACUAAAUCCUCCCCUGCCAAAAACCAGCCCCCACCAAUUAGAAACCUCCAUCAAUCCAAUUUCAGCUUAUCAGGAGCUCAGAUUGACGACAACAACCCACGUCGUACUGGCCACCGCAUCGUGGCACCUCCCGGUGGGCGCUCCAAUAUUACCAGUCUUGGCUGAAAAACAAUGAUGGACAGAAACACAAGGAUGAAGGAUCACGGGAAUAAUGUCCAUUCCCUUCAAUAUCUGUGUUAUCGAGCCCACAGUUUUAUUUGGUACUAACAGAAAUAAAAACUGAAAUGUCUUUCUUUUUUUCUUUUUUUUCUCUUUUAUUUUUCCUUUUUUUUUUUUUUUUUUGUAUAGAAAGAGGUGAUAAUAGUGUGGUGUGUUUGCUUGGAACUACUUGCCUCACAAUUGUGCUUUCAUGCCAUAGUCACCUUAAAGCAUGGUGCUUCCAUUGCCCCUUUAGUGACUACAGGUUUUAGCUUUGUCUCGUAACUGAAUGAUGGUUCCUUUUCGCUGUAUUAGAGUAGUUAAUGCAUGUUACUGAGUUAUUUAUGCAAGUUGCAUUCUGUGAGUGAGUCCCUUUAGAACACAUUGCCAACAAUUGACUAGACACAAUGCCAAGAUUAAUGUCUGUAUUUAAGAAACAACACCAAAAACACUAAUGAAGGAAGAAAAUGGCCAUCUGGAAGGUAAGCAGUAGAGUAGUAUAGGCAGCUUCUGUUUAAUCUUUAAUUUAUUAUAAACCCAAGAAGCACUUCUCUCAAGACACAGAAACUCACUGGGACAUGUAAUGACAAAUGGUCUCCGUAGCACCUGUCUGUUCCCACUCGGUACAUUCCAAGUCUGUGUCCUUCUUGUUUCCAUUUUAGACAGAGCCAUAGUUUUUACAUACCAAUGCCAUUGCCACCCCUACAGGGAUUUCUCCACCUGGGCAGUAGUGCUCUCCUUCUGCAUGAGAUUUUUGGUACUUACAGAUAAUACAAGUUGCUGUCGGAUUUUUAAAGUUUUGUACAAAUUUUUUCCUUUGUAAUCACAUACAUUUUUACUUACUCUACCGUAUCAAGAUCUACUAGUCGUGGUUCAAUUUCUGAAUUCAAAGCUUGUGAAAUAAAGGAAAUUAAUUGA